CAUAUAAAAAUAUAUAGUUCUGCCUUGUAAUUUGGUAUUAAAACUGCUCUACUACAUCUUAAGCUAAUUUUAAUCAACUAUACUAAUCCGGGAUUUUCUUUGCUUCAGCUGUUCAAUAAUUUCUACUUCCUUUUUCAAGCCAUCAAACAUGGCGAACCCAGUCAGCAAGAAAAAGAAGUUUGUUGCAGAUGGAGUCUUUAAGGCUGAACUGAACAAUUUCCUGACAAGAGAGCUGGCAGAAGAUGGCUACAGUGGUGUUGAAGUACGUGUGACUCCAACACGAACAGAGAUCAUUAUCUUGGCCACAAGAACACAGAAUGUCCUUGGAGAAAAGGGCAGGAGGAUCCGAGAACUGACCUCAGUAGUACAGAAGAGGUUCAACUUCCCAGAGGGAACUGUUGAGCUGUAUGCAGAAAAGGUUGCACAGCGCGGUCUGUGUGCCAUUGCACAGUGCGAGUCUCUCAGAUACAAGUUAAUUGGAGGACUGGCUGUCAGGAGGGCGUGUUAUGGAGUACUACGAUUCAUCAUGGAGAGUGGAGCGAAGGGCUGUGAGGUUGUUGUAUCAGGGAAACUCCGAGGUCAGAGAGCCAAGUCCAUGAAAUUUGUGGAUGGACUAAUGAUCCACAGUGGAGACCCGAUCAAUGAUUAUGUAGACACAGCUGUUAGACACGUCCUGCUACGACAGGGUGUACUCGGAAUUAAAGUGAAGAUUAUGUUGCCAUGGGAUCCCAGUGGUAAGAUCGGACCGAAACGACCACUGCCUGAUCACGUCAGUGUUGUGGAGCCUAAGGACGAGGCCGCUCCUGCUCACCCCUACAGUGAACAGAAAGGAGCCAAGCCCACAGAGCCACCAAGCCCGGCUGUACAGGCCUAAAACGUGUGGUGAAAGAGACUUGUGUAAAAAAAAAAAAAAUAAAUUAAAAAAAAACCAA